AUGACGGAGAAACAAGACGAUCCACGUAUUUUAUCUAAGCAGGAGCUACUAGUCAAUCAUAUCUCCAACCUUGAAAAAGACUACACGGUAAAGUCUCAUCUGGAGUACAGCUCCAUUCGUGCGGUUAAUGGGCCUCUAGUGAUUGUGGAGAAUGUCCGAAAGCCGACUUACGCGGAGAUCGUCAAGAUCGAGCUUGCGGAUGGCAGCAUACGACGGGGGGAAGUGCUGGAAAUUGAUGGUACCAAGGCGGUUGUGCAGGUUUUCGAGGGGACUUCGGGUAUUGACGUCUUGCACUCCAAGUGUGAAUUCACGGGAAAGGUGAUGGAGCUUGGCGUGAGCGAGGAUAUGCUCGGACGCAUCUUUAACGGCUCUGGAACGCCGAUUGACAACGGCCCACCGGUGCUCCCGGAGCAGUACCGUAAUAUCGAGGGUAUUCCUAUCAACCCGCGUGCACGUGUGUACCCCGAGGAGAUGAUUCAAACAGGAAUCAGCUCUAUUGACGUCAUGACAUCGAUCUCCCGUGGGCAAAAGAUCACUCUCUUCUCGGGGGCUGGUCUCCCGCACAAUGAAAUCGCCGCGCAGAUCGUGCGGCAAUCCGGUUUGGUAAAGCAUGGGGAAAAGGCUGAGGAGUUUUGUGUGGUAUUUGCCGCGAUGGGGGUGAACCAAGAGACGGCAAGAUUUUUUAGAAACGAAUUUCAGCAGAAUGGCUCUCUGGAGCGGACGGUGCUCUUUCUGAACCUCGCCAACGACCCGACGAUUGAGCGUAUCGUCACGCCGCGUCUGGCGCUCACUACGGCGGAGUACCUCGCCUACGAUUGUGGGAUGCACGUGUUGGUGAUUUUGACGGAUAUGACCUCCUACGCGGAUGCACUGCGCGAGGUAUCCGCGGCGCGAGAGGAGGUCCCUGGUCGACGUGGGUUCCCUGGCUAUAUGUAUACCGAUUUGGCGCGUCUUUACGAGCGCGCGGGCCGCGUGCUCGGCCGAGCCGGCUCCAUCACCCAAAUUCUUAUCCUUUCCAUGCCCAACGAUGACAUCACGCACCCUAUUCCAGAUCUUACAGGCUACAUUACGGAGGGGCAGAUUUGCAUCGACCGUCAACUGCAUAACCGACAAAUUUAUCCACCGGUGAAUAUUCUGCCUUCCCUUUCUCGUCUCAUGAAGAACGCCAUUGGGGAGGGAAUGACUCGCAAAGAUCAUAGUGACGUCAGCAAUCAGAUGUAUGCGGCAUACGCGAUCGGUCGUGAUAUCCUGGCCAUGAAGGCUGUGGUAGGUGAGGAAGCACUCAGUAGUGAGGAUCUUCUCUACCUAGAGUUUCUGGGGAAGUUUGAGAAGAAAUUCAUUCAGCAAGGGUUUCAUGAGACCCGGGAUAUCUUCCAGAGCUUAGAUCUUUGCUGGGAGUUGUUGCGCACAUUUCCAAAGAGUAUGCUUAAUAAGAUUGAGAUGAAGACGCGAGAUGCAUUUUAUGAUCGUCAACCGAUGCACUCAUAA